GUACAUCUUUCACUUUCUUUUCUUUACCCAUCCAUUCAUUCAUUGAUGAGGUCAACAUCAACAUCAAACAACCACACACUUCAUCACCCCACAUCGAGUACCUAGAGAACCUAAUCAACUGAUUCGAUCUACCUAUACAUCAUGUCUCCAACAAAACCUGCCGGCGGCUCAAAGAAGUCGUCGGUACUCUCGCCAUCUCCCUCUAAGGUGACCAAGUCCGAUGGCGCGGCUUCAAAGCGUCAGAAGCGCGACGGAAACGCAGCCAACAACAACUUGGCCACCCCUGCCGCUGCCGCUGCGGCCGCCGCCUCCCAAGACUACGGCUCCCACAUUAUCACGCAGCUUACAUACGCGGUCGAGUUCCUCAAAGCAAAGGGCACCCCGAAGACGCUGCAAGAGAUUAUGGACCACCUAACUCUCCAACACUACCCAGAGCACGUGCAGAAAUUCUUUGCGACCACGAUGCAGCGCCACUCUCGCAUGCAGUACCGCCCAGGCCCGAAGGUUAAAUCCCUACCCGAGUCGGAGCAGUGGCGAACCGGUACCUACGAAUUCAAGCCUCUACUGCCUGGCGUCACGUCUAAGGUCACACUUCUCGAGUAUCUCCAGAGCAAGACCGAUGCCUCGGCCACAGAGGUCAAGGCGAUCAAGGACGGGUGGCCGAACUGCGACGAAGCACUUAUGGAGCUGGAAGCCGAGCAUAAAAUCCUCACCGUCCGAACUAAAAAGGAGCAGACGCACAGAUUUGUAUGGCUCGAUAACCCGGCUCUGCAUCACAAGGUCGACGACGAAUUCCGGGCUAUGUGGUUUAAGGAGACCCUCCCGUCCACGGAUGAGAUGCCUAGAAGGCUUAAAGCCCUCGGUCAAAAGGCGACUAGUGGUGGCACAAAGGCAAACGUGAAUGCUCAGAAGGCACCGCCUAAGCGUAAGAAGGCUUCGCGCGUGCAGAAGAAGUUCGAGAAUGAGCAUAUGAGAAGCAUUUUCGAACAACAUAAGCGUUGAUCCUCUCCCGUUCGAGAGCAGACUGGCAUAGCAUGAGGCUUCUAGAUCGUUGCCAUGGUGGCAAGGUUACAUUGGUAUUCGGCCAGGAGUGAUUUCCCUAAGGCAUAAUGCUGUUUUUAAAAAUGAGGGAAAAACUAGCAUCAUCGGUGUUUUGGCUGGGUAUAACGAGGCGUUUUGGGGGGGACUCUGGGGAGCUUCGGUUCCUUUGCAUUGCUUUUUAAUAAAAGGUAUCAGUACCUACAAAACAAAGUUGAGUGCCAUGACGUGACUUAGAUUCCAACUUAUCCUAUUAUUAUAGAGGUAGGAUCUUACAUCUUUCUUUUAAUUUUCUUUAGACUCAUUCCUAUACGUCUCUCUUGGAGUUUGCUUGCUGUCUACAAGAUAGAUUUCACAUGUUCUCCAGACUAAGCAGCCUGGACGGAGAAAAGCAUGGCCUCAAAUUACAACCGAAAAUUACGAG